CGGGAGGCGGAGGGCCGCUGUGGCGUCGGGCCCGUGGCCGAGCCGGGGGUGGGGCUCGAGGCGCCUCCGCGGCCGUGGACAAGCGUCCGUGCGGCCUGGUCCGGGCCAUGUCGGUGUGAGGACCCCGCCGCCGCCGCCGCCGACCCACUCGUUCUGGCCCCGGCCCCAUCCCCGGCCCGGCAGCGCCGCGCACCAUGGGCUCCAUUCUCAGCCGUCGCAUCGCGGGGGUGGAGGACAUCGAUAUCCAGGCGAACUCGGCCUAUCGCUACCCUCCGAAGUCCGGAAACUACUUUGCUUCACACUUUUUCAUGGGAGGAGAGAAAUUCGACACCCCUCACCCUGAAGGUUACCUCUUUGGAGAGAACAUGGAUCUGAACUUCCUGGGCAGCCGCCCGGUCCAGUUUCCCUACGUCACUCCCGCCCCCCACGAGCCAGUGAAGACGCUGCGGAGCCUGGUGAACAUCCGCAAAGACUCCCUCCGGCUGGUGAGGUACAAAGACGACGCCGACAGCCCCACUGAGGAUGGCGACAAGCCCCGGGUGCUCUACAGCCUGGAGUUCACCUUUGACGCUGAUGCCCGCGUGGCCAUCACCAUCUACUGCCAGGCGUCGGAGGAGUUCCUGAACGGCAGGGCAGUAUACAGCCCCAAGGGCCCCUCGCUGCAGUCUGAGACCGUCCACUACAAGAGAGGGGUGAGCCAGCAGUUCUCCCUGCCCUCCUUCAAGAUCGACUUCUCGGAGUGGAAGGAUGACGAGCUGAACUUUGACCUGGACCGGGGCGUGUUUCCAGUGGUCAUCCAGGCUGUGGUGGACGAAGGAGACGUGGUGGAAGUGACCGGCCAUGCCCACGUGCUCUUGGCCGCCUUUGAAAAGCACAUGGAUGGAAGCUUCUCUGUGAAGCCUUUAAAGCAGAAGCAAAUUGUGGACCGGGUCAGCUACCUCCUGCAGGAGAUCUACGGCAUCGAGAACAAGAACAACCAGGAGACCAAGCCCUCUGACGACGAGAACAGCGACAACAGCAAUGAGUGCGUGGUGUGCCUGUCUGACCUGCGGGACACGCUGAUCCUGCCCUGCCGCCACCUGUGCCUCUGCACCUCCUGCGCUGACACGCUGCGCUACCAGGCCAACAACUGCCCCAUCUGCCGGCUGCCUUUCCGGGCCCUCCUGCAGAUCCGGGCAGUGCGGAAGAAGCCAGGAGCCCUGUCCCCCGUGUCCUUCAGCCCCGUCCUGGCCCAGAGCCUGGAGCACGACGAGCACUCUUGUCCCUUUAAAAAAUCAAAGCCGCACCCCGCCUCCCUGACCAGCAAGAAACCUAAAAGGGAAACAAGCUCUGACAGCGUCCCACCCGGCUAUGAGCCCAUCUCGCUGCUCGAGGCGCUCAACGGCCUCCGGGCUGUCUCCCCGGCCAUCCCCUCAGCCCCUCUUUAUGAAGAAAUCACCUAUUCGGGUGUCUCAGACGGCCUAUCCCAGGCCAGCUGUCCACUCGCCGCCAUUGAUCACAUCCUGGACGGCAGCCGCCAGAAGGGCAGACCUCAGAGCAAGGCGCCUGACAACACCCUGCGGUCCCCAUCUUCCCCCAUCCACGAAGAGGACGAGGAGAAGCUCUCUGAGGAUGUGGAUGCCCCUCCCCCACUGGGUGGCGCAGAGCUGGCCCUGCGGGAAAGCAGCUCCCCUGAGAGUUUCUUAACAGAAGAGGUUGAUGAGUCAUCACCAAAGCAAGGGACCCGAGCGCCGUCCAUUGAGAACGUCCUGCAGGACAGCAGCCCUGAGCACUGUGGCCGAGGCCCACCUGCCGACAUCUACCUGCCAGGAUGGCCCACCUCCAUGGAAACGGCCCACGGCCUUGGCACCACCAGCCCCACCUGGCCUCCUCUUGGUGGCCCCAGCCCUGAUCCCAGCACCGCCGAGCUGACCUCACUCUGAGAGCCUGGCCAAGCUGGCAGCAUGGAGCCCUCAGCUCCUAGACUUUGCCAAGGGGCUGCCCCAGACCCUGGUGUGACUUGGCCUCUCCUGUCUGCAUGCCCCCUGUGGCCACCAGGCUCCAAGGGGCUGUGGUGACCCUUGAUCAAAGAGCACAGUGGACCGUCCCCUGAGUCCCCUUUUUCUAUGGUUGAUAUAUUUGUAACUGGUACAAGAUGAAGGACAGUAGCUUUCCAUCCCCAAGUUCAGUGCCUGGGUUCCCCAGGGUCUGGUGGGCCGAGCGUCUGGGGCUGGGGCUGAGGCUGGGGCUGCCCACACGUGGCCUGCGCUGGCUACACCCGGUCCCGCAGCAGUGCAGUCACUGCCCAGAGAACUCAGCAGACCUGCACAAGAGAAUUUAUUGGUGGGUGAAGCACUAUCUUCACAGAUAUUCGGGGGCAGUGGGGGCUCGAGGCACAGUCAAUGAAGGAAACAGUGCCUGUCCGCCCAGCCCGCCUUUGUCACCGUGGCAGCCUGGCUGUUGCUGCCCUUUGUCCUCUGCCGUGUUUGUGCAGCCUCCAUGCCCUCCCUGGUGUGUCUCUGCUGGCGCCUUCAGUGCUCAGAGCUUUGGGGUAGAGGUGUCGCUCUGGGCAGCUGAAGCAUCUCAGCCUAGCACUGGACCUGACUGAGGGGCCGAGGCACAGCCACUUCCAGUAGCCAUCAUCCAGUGGCCUUGUUACCAAGCCCUGCACCUUCUCACCGUGCUGGCUUUGGUGACAUUGCCAGGCACCUCCAGUUGCAGGGCCAUCUGUUCGGCAGGGCCCUGUCAAGGAGGACCUGGUGGCCUCCUCGUUCCCCUUUGCUAUUGGAAUGUCCCCUCCAGUUCUCUUUUUUCUGAGAUGGAGUUUCACUCUUGUCGGCCAGGCUGGAGUACAGUGGCAUGAUUUUGCUCACUGCAACCUCCACCUCCCAGGUUCAAGUGGUUGUCCUGCCUCAGCCUCUGGAGUAGCUGGGAUUACAGGCGCAUGCCACCAACCCUGGCUAAUUUUUUUUUGUAUUUUUAGUAGAGACAGGGUUUCACCGUGUCGGUCUGGCUGGUCUCGAACUCCUGACCUCAGGCGAUCCACCCACCUUGGCCUCCCAAAGUGCUAGGAUUACAGGCAUGAGCCACUGCGCCUGGCCCUCUUGCGGUUCUCUUUGAUUUGUUGUGUCAGGCUCCUGUGGUGGGACCCGCCCGGGGAGGAGGGAGCCAGCAGCCCACCUGGUGAGUGAGGUCACAGCCGGUAGGCUUGGCUUCUGGGCGACCUCGUCCUGUUUUUAUUAAGGUAAACUUCCUGGGCAGCAGGCGGGUGAAGGGGGUAUCUGGCCCUGGUGACCCAGGGCUUGAGCUGCCCCAGCAGGGCCCUGGGCCAGGAAGGUAUGUGCAAGUCUUCUGGCCUGGGCUUGGGGAUCAGACAGCUGUGGGGCAGCUCACUGCCCUCCCCGAGGCUCAGGUGGCUCCAAGCACAAGCUCUGCUUCCUGGGCGCUCAGGGAAGACCCAGCAGUGGUCCCCACACCCAGCUCCCUGUGCACCCAGGCCAGCCCCGCUCCUGCCCUUGUGCACAUGCACACACAUGCUCUCACGUUCAUGCUCUCACACAUGCUUAUGCAGUCACUUGCACAUGCUCAUACACGCUCACACGCACACAUGCUCACGUUCACGCACACAUGCUCAGGCACAUUUGCA